AGUUAUAGAUAUUUGAUUGUUAAUUGGAGAUUACUUAUGUACCUUUGAAACUUUCAGAAUGUUGGAAAAUAAUCACACUUUAAGUGUUUAUGAGUCUUCUCAAACCUGUACUGGACAUCUUAUCCUUGGUUAUUUCAUUAUCUCCUCACAUCCACAUUUAAAUCCUGGUUCCUCAUAUAUCAGAUGCUUCUUAACCUAAUUCCAUCUACAUGUUCCAAUCCCAGGAGGUGGUGGAGGCUGUCGGUGAAGGAGUGGAUCCUGCCAGUAACACCACCUUCGUCAGUCAGUGGGACCUGGCCAGUGCCUUUUUUUUCUCAGGGACAGUCAUCACCACCAUUGGUUUUGGAAACAUCUCCCCAAAGACAGAAGGUGGGCAGCUGUUUUGCAUCUUCUACGCCCUGGUGGGAAUCCCGAUGUUUGGUUUCUUGCUAGCUGGUGUUGGAGACCAUCUGGGUACUGCGCUGAGGAAGACCAUUGCCAAAAUAGAGAUGGUCUUCCUGAAAUGGCGGAUCAGUGCCACCAUUGUACGUGUGAUCUCAGCCGUCCUGUCCAUCCUGCUGGGUUGCCUCAUCUUUGUUGCUGUGCCUAUUCUGGUUUUCCAAAGAGUGGAGGGAUGGAGUCUGCUGGAAGCUGCCUACUUUGUAGUUAUCACCCUCACCACUGUGGGCUUCGGUGACUAUGUUGCAGGGGACUCUGGGGAUGCAGGCAGCGACCACUGGUACAAACCUUUAGUCUGGUUCUGGAUCCUGCUGGGUCUGGCUUACUUUGCCUCCAUCCUCACUAUGAUCGGUAACUGGCUUCGGGUUCUGUCCAAGAAGACCAGAGCUGAGAUGGAAGAACUGCGAGCUCACGCCACCGACUGGACUCAGAACAUCCAGAACAUGUCGGUCGACUUUCGCAUUGCAGGAAAAAUGGACGACCCCUUCAAACGGCGGAGGCGAAAGCGCCGCCAUGGCUCUCGCCGGAAUGGUCCUAAUGCAGCAGCUAACGGGGCCCCUGAGGGCAACGACAACCAGCCUGAGAGUUUGACAGACUCUGGAUCUUCCUCUUCUUCUCAGUCCUCUUCUAAUGAAUCCGAAUCUGGGUCAGAAACAGGAUCUCAGGCCACUCAGACAGAACGUGUGCCUGAAGAAAAAACUGCUGAGCCUGAAAAGCCUGACGGUCUUCCAGACGUCCACCUGUCUCAGCCUCUGGACUACUUUGGCGAGAACCUGGCAUUUAUCGAUGAGUCUUCAGAUGCUCAGAGUGGGAAGCUGCACUUGGACUCUCUGCUGGAUCCAACACAGGUCAACUCUGCACGAGACCUUCAGCCUAAGAAGAGGCGCCAUAGAAGGCCAGUUCCCCAGAAAAAACCCAAAACCAACAGGUCCAAUCCUGAACCCAAGGAACCCAAUGGGAACCUCAACCCAGUACCAGACUUACCACUGAAGCCUUAACCCUGGAGCUGGUUACACAGACCCACACAUGUUGUCCAGUGAGACAUGAGAUGUGUCCACAGCUGGACGGAGGACUUCCUGGAUUCCUGCUUCCAGAUGCUACAAAUGAAGACGUUAGCCGUGUGUGGUUUGCACCUGAUGCUCUUAGCAUGAGAGCGCACGUCUGCCUCAAACAAAGAUGAUGAUGUGAUUAUUAUUAUUUUAUGUAUUUAUUUAUUUUAUGUUGUCCUCAAUCAGCUGCUUUCUGAGGAGCUACUGCUCCCUACUGGGCGGUGGUGGAAGUGCACUCCCACAUUU